AUUUGGAAGAAAGCAACGUUAUGCGUAUCUGCCCACUUUCGCCUUCACAACGCGCAUAAAUGCAGGCUCCAUAUGCUGCUUCCGAUGCAUCACAGAAGAUAGUAUCUGGAACAUACUCGUCCCAACCAGCUUUCUGCAACCAUAAUUCCUGCAUCAUCAUCUUGGCCCGAAUGACAAUCGGGGAGAUCAGGCCCAGCGGAUCGAACAUGCGAGCUACGUUAGAUAGAAUGGAUCGCUUUGUCGGAAUGGACACAUCACUGGAUAUUGCGGAUUCGAAAGAUAAAACGUCAUGCUCUGGCUCCCAUGAAACACCAAGAGCCUUUACCGUCUCGUGUGGUAAGAAUUGCCGCGCUGACUGUGUGCCGAUUUGAUCCGCAUUUAAACCGGCGAGCACCUCGAGCUGAUUGGAUGUCCACUUUCGCAGCUCGAAGCCGCCUUUGGCGAGCAAUUGAGAAAGCUCGAUUCGUAACUGGCGAGCAUUUUCGAUGGAAUCAGCACCACCGAUGAAAUCGUCAA